GGAGGGUUUCAUGUGGUUAAACAUAGCUGCAUUAAAUUAGUCAUUCACACUAUCUUCUCAAAUUAAUUUCCACAAAAAUGCUUCCAGUACUUGUUUUCCUCUUCUUUUAUUGCACCUUUUUAUCCAUUCCCGUCUCUGCCCUCAAUAUUGGAGUUCAAACUACAGGAGUCACCAUCUCUAUGAACGAAACAUGCAGCAGGAAAUGUGAGUCAAACUUCUGUUCAGUGCCUCCAUUAUUGAGUUAUGGAAAGUACUGUGGGAUUAAUUAUAGUGGUUGCCCUGGGGAGACACCUUGUGAUGACCUUGAUACUUGUUGCAUGAAUCAUGACCUUUGUGUGAAAGCCAAAAACUAUGACUACCUAAGCCAAGAGUGCAGUCAAACAUUCAUAAAAUGUUUGAACAAGUUUAAGAAGAGUGGAGGUCCUACGUUCGAUGGAAACACAUGUGAAGUGGAUUAUAUUAUUGAACUCCUCAGUGUUGUAAUGGAAGGUGCUCUGCUGGCUGGAAGUCUUAAACAAGCCUUAGAGUAUUGGUUGGUAUUUUCAAGAAAUUAACAAGGGCCUAAGAUGUAGAAUUUCUUUGUUAGGGAAUUCUAUAAGUUAUCAGAUUUUAUUUGUGUCUAUUUUCCUGUGCUCUAUUUAUACAAUUGUUUUGCUUCAAAGUUUGUUCAAUAUUCCCACCUCCUCAAAUAUACAAUAUGUUGUGAUGAGAUAAUGGAAUGUUCUUUUAAUGUGAUGA